AGCCGUCUGUUUGCGAUCAGCGGUGCUCAUAGAUGGUACUGGUACCGGUAUACCGUCUAGCUACAGGCAGCAACACGCGAUACCGUCGAUAUUCGAGGCUUAUAAAGGGAAAUACUUAUACGGCGUACCCCCGUUCUCCAUUGCGUGGUGCCGACGAGAGCCCACGGAAUUACCGAGGGAUCCGAGUGUCCGACUACUUCCCGCGCUCUGCCGCUACCUGGACGCGCUCGGACUCACUCCCACCCGUGCGGUUCACCUGGCCUACCUGCCGACCAAAGCGAGCACCGACGUCUCCACCGCUGAGUGCCCUUCUCGCCCUCUCUCCGUAUAUUUCCUAUUCCUUCUCUCUCCUCCUGCUCUCCCUCUAAAGCACACGCGCGUAGAAACCUACUCUUCCUUUCAUUUCGUUUAUUCCUACGAGAGAGAAAUGAGUGCGACGUCGACGGAUACAACGGCUACCUACCUGGGACUAGACCUCAGCACGCAGCAGUUAAAGGCCGUGAUUGUCAACGACGAUCUGAUGGUUCUUCAUGAAACCAACGUUCAGUUUGACAACGACCUUCCGGAAUUCAGGACCUACGGAGGCAUCCUUCAAAACAAAGAGGAGCCUCAUCUUAGGGUUGCGCCCACCCUGAUGUGGGUCAAGGCGCUGGAUAUGAUCCUCGAUAAACUGCGAGUCUGCGGUGUGGAUUUUGGAAAAGUGGCGGCGAUUUCGGGCAGCGCACAGCAACACGGUACGAUCUACUGGGGAAAGGGCAGCGGUGAUCAGCUCCGGAAUUUCGACCCAGAUAAAUUCUUGCACGAGCAGUUAGCUACCUUUUUUUCUAUCGGUUUAUCCCCAGUUUGGAUGGAUUCGAGCACAGCGGAACAGUGCCGAAUCCUGGAGGACGCCGUCGGCGGUCCGCAAAAAUUAGCCGAACUAACAGGAUCCAGAGCCUACGAGAGAUUCUCCGGCGCCCAAAUAGCUAAAAUAGCUCGGUAUAAACCAGACGCUUAUGCGAACACCGAGAGAAUAUCUCUCGUUAGCAGCUUCGCCGCUUCUCUCUUUCUCGGUGACUUCGCACCCAUCGAUUGGUCGGAUGGCUCAGGCAUGAAUCUUCUCGAUAUUCGUUCGAAGGACUGGUGUGAUCACCUCUUAGAGGCUUGUGCCACAGGACUGAGGGGCCGACUCGGAAGCCCCGUACCUUCGCGAACCGACUUAGGCCAGAUUUCAAAAUAUUUCGUCGAGAGAUUCGGAUUCGAUGAGAAAUGUAGGAUCGUUGCAUUUACGGGAGAUAAUCCCAGCUCUCUGAUCGGGAUGGGACUCAAAAGAGGUGACGUAGCUUGCAGUUUGGGGACAAGCGAUACGCUUUUCUUGUGGCUUGAAGAGCCCAAAACCGCUACUAACGGACACGUCUUCUGUAAUCCGCUCGAGAACGAAGCUUACAUGGCGUUGCUUUGUUUCAAAAAUGGCUCUCUAACUCGAGAAAGGAUAAGAGACUCGAACGCGGAAGGGUCUUGGCAAUUGUUCAACGAACUUCUGGAGAGUACGCCCCGAGGAAAUUUUGGUAACAUGGGACUCUACUACGACGCGCAAGAGAUACUUCCAUCCCUGAACGGGGACCACAGAUUCAACAAAGCGAACGACCAAGUUAGCCGGUACACUUCGAUGGAGGUUGAGGUACGGGCUUUAAUUGAAGGCCAGUUCAUUGCGAGGAGGGCUCACGCGGAGGACUUUGGAUUCACCAUAGGUCCGGAAACUCGUAUAAUAGCAACCGGAGGAGCUUCGAACAAUAAAGCGAUUUUGCAAGUUCUCGCUGAUGUAUUUAACUCUCCGGUAUACGUUUCGGCGAUAGCUAAUUCCGCUAUGUUGGGAGGCGCUUAUCAGGCAAAGCAUGGCUUUCUGCAAGGAAAAAAGACAUUCCAAGAAAUAACGAACUGCUUACCAGAACCGAAGCUUCUAUGCGAGCCCUACAAGGACGCAAAAUUUGUGUACGAACCAAUGAUUGUGAGAUACAGAAAAAUCGUCAAGGGCCUCUUGGGAAGGGAAUAGAGAAACCCUGAAGAAUUUUAACUACUUAAUACUUCAUGUAUACCGAAACGUUCCCCACUCCCUACCGCAAAAAUUACUGAGGAUUUAUAAGGGCCACUUUACGCAUAUAUCAGUCUAGGUAAAUACAGACGGCAACUGAUCACACGAUCACACAUGAUGACACGGCAAAUCAUAUGAUUGUAACGUGAUUGCGCGAUUAGAGCUUCAUUUCAUCCCAAAACACUCGAUUAAAACAUUUUGACAAAGCUGAGAGAAUCCGUUCGAUUCAUUAGUCUACUUUUAGUCAAAUUAAAAUUUGCAAUUUUCAGUGAGCGGGUGAACUGUUACAAAUAAUUCGGAAGUUUCCAAUUAAUGUUAUCCAACGUGAUAUUUUAAUGAAUCGUAAACGAACAAUUAAGACUUUUUGGCGUUGUUCUUCUGAAACGUCUUUGAAUAUGCUUGUUGCAUCCCAUUUCGAAUAUAGUAGAUAUGUGCGAUGACAAAUAUCAUUGUAGAGACGUCAAUGACUCCAGGGAUAAGGAAUAUUAAAUGGGAAAAAUUUUAAACUA